AUGAGUUCCUUCUCAACAUGCACGUAUGGCGACCCUAAGUUCUGGCCAGCUUACAUCCGGCAUCUGGCCCUUGCCAACGUCUGCAUCAUGGUAUUCAUCGCAAACAUGUACACCGCUGGAAUUGCUACAGGGUUUAGCGAACUGGCCGUCGAAUUCCGGGCCAGUACUGCUCAAUUGACAAGCACAAUCUCAUACCCAGUAUUGGCUUUGGGUGUUGGCAAUCUGUUCUGGACGCCUACAUCGAUUUGUCUUGGGAAGCGGCCUACAAUUAUUGUUGCACUCGUUGUGUUUCUUGCUGGAAAUAUUUGGAGCAUUAAAGCCACCAGUCUUAACAGUUUGAUUGCUUCUCGGGUGGUGGCCGCGUUUGCUGGUGGUAGUAUUGAUUCAUUGGGACCGGCAAUUGUUGCUGACCUUUACAUGGAACGCUACUUUGCCACAGCCAUGGCAGUCUUUUCCUUCUCUCUAUCCGGAGGCUCUCAGUUCGGACCCAUGAUAGCCGGGUUUCUCAUCACCGCUAAAGGAUGGAGAUGGUUCUUCAUCUUGUGCGCCAUUCUCGUCGGCGUCAACUUCGUCUCUAUUUUGUUAUUCUUUCCGGAGACUAACUACCGUCGCGUUCUCUACGAUGAUGCAACUGCCGAAGAAGCCGAUAAACAAGCCAUUCAAAUGCUUGAGUACAAGAACACAGGCAAAGACAGUAACGACGUUCAAGCUUCAUCGGCUGUUGAUCUCAAUCCGGAGUAUGCAGGAUCAUACUGGAAGGAUCUUGUCAGCUUCAGAGAUAGAGGUGUGGAGACCAGGGGAAUCUUGGGCUGGCCGAGACAGUUCUCGCUGCCUUUCCGAUUUAUUUUGGUUCCCCAUGUUCUUUUUGCGACAAUCUCGUAUGGCGUGUUUCUCGCUGGGUGUGUCAUGGUAUCUACAAUUGCGCCCUCAAUUCUCUUCCCACCUCCAUACCUCCUCCAACCCUCGGGGGUCGGACUUUUUUCUCUGGCAUCUUUCAUCGGUAUCGUAGUCGCCUACCCAGUCGCUGGACCCCUGACAGACUCUCUCUCACGUGCUUUACGGCGACGCUACCAUUCAGAAACCCACAACCCCGAAGACCGGCUACCAGCUCUCAUUAUACCAUUCAUCAUCGCACCACCCGGUCUUUUGUUACUAGGUUAUAUCUUCCACGAACAAAAGAGUGUCUACAUCGCUGCCGUCGGGUUUGCAAUGCAAGUCUCUGGUCUUGUUUUGGUGCCAUCUUCCGUCUUGUCGGUCGUGGUCGAUGGCUGGCCUGCGAGUGGCUCCGAGGCUUUGGUGCUGAUCAAUGCGGGUAAGAAUGCGAUUGCGUUUGGGCUUACUUUGAGUACGACAGAUUGGCUAGCUAGUGAAGGGCUGCUCAAAAUGUGUUGGGAGAUGGCUGCUAUUCAGUGGGCUGUUUUGGCACUGGGAACUAUACUAUAUUUCUGGGGACCUUGGUUGAGGAAGAAGACGCAGUGGCUGCUGUGA